GUACAUCCAAGGAGCCUCCUCCCCGAAGGACAUGGUCAUCAUUGUGGACGUGAGCGGCAGCGUGAGUGGCCUCACCCUCAAGCUGAUGAAGACCUCGGUCUAUGAGAUGCUGGACACCCUCUCAGACGACGACUACGUCAACGUGGCCUCAUUCAACGAGAAGGCGAAGCCAGUGUCAUGCUUCAAGCACCUGGUGCAGGCCAACAUCCGGAACAAGAAGGUCUUCAAGGAGGACGUGCAGGGGAUGGUGGCCAAGGGCACGACCGACUACAAGGCUGGCUUUGAGUACGCCUUCGACCAGCUGCAGAACUCCAACAUCACGCGUGCCAACUGCAACAAGAUGAUCAUGAUGUUCACGGACGGCGGCGAGGACCGGGUGCAGGACGUCUUUGAGAAGUACAACUGGCCCAAUAAGACGGUGCGGGUCUUCACCUUCUCCGUUGGGCAGCACAACUACGACGUGACCCCGCUGCAGUGGAUGGCCUGCGCCAACAAAGGUUACUACUUCGAAAUCCCCUCCAUCGGUGCCAUCCGCAUCAACACGCAGGAGUACCUGGACGUGCUGGGCAGACCCAUGGUCCUGGCUGGGAACCGAGCAAAGCAGGUUCAGUGGACCAACGUCUACCAAGAUGCCCUGGGGCUGGGCCUGGUGGUGACGGGCACGCUGCCGGUGUUCAACCUGACGGAGGACAGCAGUGACAGGAAGAACCAGCUCAUCCUGGGCGUGAUGGGGAUCGAUGUGGCUCUCAAUGACAUCAAGAGGCUUACGCCGCGAUACAACCUGGGGGCAAAUGGUUACGUCUUCGCCAUUGACCUGAACGGCUACGUCCUGCUGCCCCCCCACCCGCCGAUCAUCAAUUUCCGCGAGCCGGUGACGCUGGAUUUCCUGGAUGCUGAGCUGGAGGAUGAGAACAAGGAGGAGAUCCGAAGAAGCAUGAUCGAUGGGAACGACGGGCAGAGGUUCAUCAAGACCCUCAUCAAGUCCCUGGAUGAGCAAUACAUCGACGAGGGGUUCAGGACCUACACGUGGGCCCCCAUCAAAAGCACCAACUACAGCCUGGGGCUGGUCCUGCCUCCCUACAGCACCUACUACAUCCAGGCUAACCUCAGCGACCAGAUCCUGCAAGUCAAGU